AUGAACGGGUUUGUGGCACAGCAUGGGGUGGGAGGUCAUGAAGGGGAAGGAGCAGCCUACCCAGGAGAACCGACAGGGGAAGGGAGAGGCUACGCGCAAGGGGAAGGGGGAGGAUACGCGACAAGGGAAGGGGGAGGAUACACGACGGGGGAAGGGGGAGGAUACGCGAUGGGGGAAGGGGGUGGAUACGCGACAGGGGAAGGGGGAGGAUACGCGACAGGGGAAGGGGGAGGAUACGCGACGGGUGCAGGGGGGGGAUACGCGCAAGGGGAAGGAGGCGGAUAUGCGACAGGGGAAGGGGGAGGAUACGCGACGGGUGCAGGGGGAGAAUACGCGACAGUGCAAGGGGAAGGAUACGAGCAAGGGGAAGGGGGGGGAAACGAGACAGGGGUAGGGGGAGGAUACGCGACCGGCGCAGGAGGAGAAUACGAGACAAGGGAAGGGGAUGGGUACGAGGACGAGGAAGGGGGCGAGGACGGGGGAGAGGAAGGGGGAGAAGACGAGGGAGAGGAAUGGGGGGAAGAAGAGGGUGAGGAAUGGGGAGAAGACGGGACAGGGGAACAAGGUGCAUACGCGUCGGGGGAAGGGGGAGUACACGCGACAGUGCAAGGGGGAGGAUACGUGACAGAGGAAGGGGGAGGAUACGGGACAGUGCGAGGCGGUGAAGACGAGGGAGACGAAUGGGGAGAAGGCGGGACAGGGGAACAAGGUGCAUAUGCGGCAGGGGAAGGGGGGGUACACGCGACAGUGCAAGGGGGAGGAUACGAGGGAGAGGAAGGGGGAGAAAAUGGGACAGGGGAAGGGGGAGGAUACGCGGGAGGGGAAGGGGGCAGAUACGUCGUAAGGGGGGGGAAAGUCUAUGAGGAACAGGAAGGGGGGGAGUUUGCGGCGCAGGGUGAGGGAGGAUACGAGGCAGAGGAGGGGGGGAGAGUCAUGGCCGAAGGCGGGGAAGACGGUCGGGCGAGAGAUCCUGCCGAAGGCGAUGGUGCGCUGAACGCAGCGGUGCGACAGGAGGCACAUGAAGGCGGGGAGGACGACGCUGAGGAUGAUGAUGUUGAACGUAUGCUGUACCCUGUCAGGCCGGUUGCGGAAGCAAGCCGUGGCUCCACGAUGGAUGAAAGUGCGGAGGAGGCAGCCGCGAUCAUGCGGGGCAAGGCCAAGUGCAUGGCGACCCUAAACAUGGAUGGGGGCACGGGCGCGGCAAAGCACGGGGCAGAGGGCGGGGAGAAGGGCGAGGUGGGCGAGCAGGGCGGGGCGGAGGGAGAGGAGGGCGAUGCAGAGGACAGGAUGAUGGAGAGGGGGAAGGGCGUGGAUGGCGAGGCGGCUGCCGAGCAGGGCGGGGCGGAGGGAGAGGAAGGCGAGGCAGAGGACAGGAUGAACAAGAGGGAGAAGGGAGUGGAGGGCGGGGCGUCGGGCGUGGAGGGCGCGGCGGAAAUCGUGGAGCGGGUCAACUUGGCCGCGGGGCUGGAGGUAGAGGAAGGGGCGAAGGAAUGGGACGAGGAAGAGGAAGGGGUGCCACAGCCCGCUCUCUGCCAUCUUUCCACCCUUGCCUCCCUGCCAUUGACAGGAGAUGCACGGAGGAGGAGGGAGGGAGAGGCGGGGGUGUGCAUGGUCCUCUCUGCUCCUUUCCUAUUGGGUGUUUUUUGGCGGCCCGCUGUUCUCACCCAGCCCGCUCUCUGCCAUCUUUCCACCCUUGCCUCCCUGCCAUUGACAGGAGAUGCACGGAGGAGGAGGGAGGGAGAGGCGGGGGUGUGCAUGGUCCUCUCUGCUCCUUUCCUAUUGGGUGUUUUUUGGCGGCCCGCUGUUCUCACCCAGCCCGCUCUCUGCCAUCUUUCCACCCUUGCCUUCCUGCCAUUGACAGGAGAUGCACGGAGGAGGAGGGAGGGAGAGGCGGGGGUGUGCAUGGUCCUCUCUGCUCCUUUCCUAUUGGGUGUUUUUUGGCGGCCCGCUGUUCUCACCCAGCCCGCUCUCUGCCAUCUUUCCACCCUUGCCUCCAUGCCAUUGACAGGAGCUGCACGGAGGAGGAGGGAGGGAGAGGCGGGGGUGUGCAUGGUCCUCUCUGCUCCUUUCCUAUUGGCCCGCUCUCUGCCAUCUUACCGCCCUUGCCUCCCUGCCAUUGACAGGAGAUGCACGGAGGAGGAGGGAGGGAGAGGCUUUGCCCGCUCUCUGCCAUCUUACCGCCCUUGCCUCCCUGCCAUUGACAGGAGAUGCACGGAGGAGGAGGGAGGGAGAGGCUUUGCCCGCUCUCUGCCAUCUUACCGCCCUUGCCUCCCUGCCAUUGACAGGAGAUGCACGGAGGAGGAGGGAGGGAGAGGCGGGGGUGUGCAUGGUCCUCUCUGCUCCUUUCCUAUUGGGUGUUUUUUGGCGGCCCGCUGUUCUCACCCAGCCCGCUCUCUGCCAUCUUUCCACCCUUGCCUCCCUGCCAUUGACAGGAGAUGCACGGAGGAGGAGGGAGGGAGAGGCGGGGGUGUGCAUGGUCCUCUCUGCUCCUUUCCUAUUGGGUGUUUUUUGGCGGCCCGCUGUUCUCACCCAGCCCGCUCUCUGCCAUCUUUCCACCCUUGCCUCCCUGCCAUUGACAAGAGAUGCACGGAGGAGGAGGGAGGGAGAGGCGGGGGUGUGCAUGGUCCUCUCUGCUCCUUUCCUAUUGGGUGUUUUUUGGCGGCCCGCUGUUCUCACCCAGCCCGCUCUCUGCCAUCUUUCCACCCUUGCCUCCCUGCCAUUGACAGGAGAUGCACGGAGGAGGAGGGAGGGAGAGGCUUUGGUGUGCAUGGUCCUCUCUGCUCCUUUCCUAUUGGGCCCGCUGUUCUCACCCAGCCCGCUCUCUGCCAUCUUACCGCCCUUGCCUCCCUGCCAUUGACAGGAGAUGCACGGAGGAGGAGGGAGGGAGAGGCGGGGGGCUAUGGUUCUUGUGGGGGCAUGCAUCAACCCACCCCCUCCCGAGGUCAUGUGGCUGCUUAUUCAGGCCAUUCCAACCAUGAGUUGGGCGCCAUCCCGAAUGGAAUAGGGGGGCGUAUCAGCGGCGGUGCACGCACACCAGCAUCAGCACCAGCGUCUCCCGCGAGUAUGGGACGUGCUCCAGUGGCCCAUGGACCGUCCGUCUCGCAUCCGCUGAACCAUUCGGCCUCGGCCGGUAGUUGGAGGCCAUUGGCUGCACCGAGGCCAGGACUCGGCAUCCCCCUUAACCCGGGCCCUCGCCCAGUCGCAUCGGUGGCAGAGCAAGCUGCGAUGAAUAAGACACGCACAGAGGAGGAGGGAGGGAGAGGGUGGGGAAUUUCCUUACCCGUAGCUACUCUCAUCCCUUCCUACCUCUCUGUCCUUAUCUCCCCGCCAUUGGCAGGACACGCACAGAGGAGGAUGGAGGGAGAGGGUGAGGACACGCACAGAGGAGGAUGGAGGGAGAGGGUGAGGAGUGCGUGGGCCCGUAGCUACUAUCAUCUUGUCCUCUCUCUCUGUCUCCUUAUCUCCCUGCCAUUGGCAGGACACGCACAGAGGAGGAGGGAGGGAGAGGGACAUGCACAGAGGAGGAUGGAGGGAGAGGGUGAGGACACGCACAGAGGAGGAGGGAGGGAGAGGGUGAGGAGUGCGUGGGCCCGUAGCUACUCUCAUCUUGUCCUCUCUCUCUGUCUCCUUAUCUCCCUGCCAUUGGCAGGACACACACAGAGGAGGAGGGAGGGAGAGGGUGAGGAGUGCGACACGCACAGAGGAGGAGGGAGGGAGAGGGUGAGGAGUGCGUGGGCCCGUAGCUACUCUCAUCUUGUCCUCUCUCUCUGUCUCCUUAUCUCCCUGCCAUUGGCAGAACACGCACAGAGGAGGAGGGAGGGAGAGGGACACGCACAGAGGAGGAGGGAGGGAGAGGGUGAGGAGUGCGACACGCACAGAGGAGGAGGGAGGGAGAGGGUGAGGAGUGCGUGGGCCCGUAGCUACUCUCAUCUUGUCCUCUCUCUCUGUCUCCUUAUCUCCCCGCCAUUGGCAGGACACGCACAGAGGAGGAGGGAGGGAGAGGCUGAGGAGUGCGACACGCACAGAGGAGGAAGAAGGGAGAGGCUGAGGAGUGCGUGGGCCCGUAGCUACUCUCAUCUUGUCCUCUCUCUCUGUCUCCUUAUCUCCCCGCCAUUGGCAGGACACGCACAGAGGAGGAGGGAGGGAGAGGGUGAGGAGUGCGACACGCACAGAGGAGGAGGGAGGGAGAGGGUGAGGAGUGCGUGGGCCCGUAGCUACUAUCAUCUUGUCCUCUCUCUCUGUCUCCUUAUCUCCCUGCCAUUGGCAGGACACGCACAGAGGAGGAGGGAGGGAGAGGGUGAGGAGUGCGACACGCACAGACGAGGAGGGAGGGAGAGGGUGAGGAGUGCGUGGGCCCGUAGCUACUCUCAUCUUGUCCUCUCUCUCUGUCUCCUUAUCUCCCUGCCAUUGGCAGGACACGCACAGAGGAGGAGGGAGGGAGAGGGUGAGGAGUGCGACACGCACAGAGGAGGAGGUAGAGAGAGGGACACGCACAGAGGAGGAGGGAGGGAGAGGGUGAGGAGUGCGUGGGCCCGUAGCUACUCUCGUAUUGUCCUCUCUAGCUGUCUCCUUUUCUCCCCGCCAUGGGCGGGACACGCACAGAGGAGGAGGGAAGAAGAGGCCGUGGAAAUGCACAGAGGAGUAGGGAAGGAGGCCGUGGUGUGUGUGAGCCUCCAUGCUGCUUGUAUUGGGUUUGAUUCAUACCCUGCUACUCCUCUCAUCCUUUCCUCUGUAUCUGUCCUUAUCUCCCUGCCGUUGGCAGGAAAUGCACAGAGGUGGAGGGAGGGAGAGGCUGAGGACACGCACAGAGGAGGAGGGAGGGAGAGGGUGAGGAGUGCGUGGGCCCGUAGCUACUCUCAUCUUGUCCUCUCUCUCUGUCUCCUUAUCUCCCUGCCAUUGGCAGGACACGCACAGAGGAGGAGGGAGGGAGAGGGUGAGGAGUGCGACACGCACAGAGGAGGAGGGAGGGAGAGGCUGAGGAGUGCGUGGGCCCGUAGCUACUCUCAUCUUGUCCUCUCUCUCCGUCUCCUUUUCUCCCCGCCAUUGGCAGGACACGCACAGAGGAGGAGGGAAGAAGAGGCCGUGGAAAUGCACAGAGGAGUAGGGAAGGAGGCCGUGGUGUGUGUGAGCCUCCAUGCUGCUUGUAUUGGGUUUGAUUCAUACCCUGCUACUCCUCUCAUCCUUUCCUCUGUAUCUGUCCUUAUCUCCCUGCCGUUGGCAGGAAAUGCACAGAGGUGGAGGGAGGGAGAGGCUGAGGACACGCACGGAGGAGGAGGGAGGGAGAGGGUGAGGAGUGCGUGGUCCCGUAGCUACUCUCAUCUUGUCCUCUCUCUCUGUCUCCUUAUCUCCCUGCCAUUGGCAGGACACGCACAGAGGAGGAGGGAGGGAGAGGGUGAGGAGUGCGACACGCACAGAGGAGGAGGGAGGGAGAGGCUGAGGCGUGCGUGGGCCCGUAGCUACUCUCAUCUUGUCCUCUCUCUCCGUCUCCUUUUCUCCCCGCCAUUGGCAGGACACGCACAGAGGAGGAGGGAAGAAGAGGCCGUGGAAAUGCACAGAGGAGUAGGGAAGGAGGCCGUGGUGUGUGUGAGCCUCCAUGCUGCUUGUAUUGGGUUUGAUUCAUACCCUGCUACUCCUCUCAUCCUUUCCUCUGUAUCUGUCCUUAUCUCCCUGCCGUUGGCAGGAAAUGCACAGAGGUGGAGGGAGGGAGAGGCUGAGGAAAUGCAUGAAAGCAGAUGGAGGGAGUGGCUGAGGUGUGUGUGGGCCUCCAUGCUGCAUCUAUUGAGACUGGUUUUAUCUCAUCCUUCCUCUCUCUGUCCCUAUCCCCCGUCCACUGUCAGGAAAUGCGCAGAGGAUGAAGGAGGGAUAGGCUGA